UUUGUCAAUAACUGGUGAUAAGUCUCCAGGUUCAAUAUCAAACAGCAUGUGGUCCUGUGAGGUAAAUACCUAUCGGCCAUCUGCAGGCUGGAUAAUCCCUGAGAGCAGAUUAGAGCCGGGAGGAGUCGCCACGACGACACUCCCGAGGAACCAUCUCACUGUUCGUGGUCCAGGAACAAGACCACUCGGAAAGAAGUUUUGGGAUAUUUUAAACAAAUGUGCUUAGUUGUGAAAAAUGUUAAGAUUUUAUUGUCAAGCUUAAAACAACCUUUGUGCCUUUAUUGUGCCCCGUACAAGGGCUUUCAUUUUCACCCAUUUUUCACUUUUGACUCCCGGCUGAGGACUAUUUUUAUUCCAUAGUUUAAUUUCUGAAAAACUACAUUUAGUUUUAAGCUGUGUGCGAUUGUGGACUUCAGGCUCAUACUUUGAAGGACACCUUUCAUGGACUAAAACAUCAGGAGGUCUUUUUACAGACAGUUGGUUGGACAUUUAUUGUGAAGCGCAGAAGAAAUUUGUGACAAACACCAAAGAAAGAAGGAUAUUUGCAUGCUCUCUGGGGCUUUUAUUAUGAAAGGAUAUGCAUGAUGUGAUCUGUCUUGUGGUCGCGCCUGACAUCAACAGGCUGCCAGGAUGAUUCCCUAUGCCGAGUGUCUUGGGGGGGAAGGGAGGAGGCCUGUCGUGACUUCACGCUGUUGGAACGGCGGCGGCGACGAGGAGCAAGACGAGCUGCUUCCUCGCAAGAUGGCCGCCCUGAAGCCGAGGACGGAGGGCAGCCUGCGCCGCCGGCUCCUCAGCGCCAAAAUCCAUCAGCACCAUGACGCCAUCCUGGGCCUGAGCGCGGGUGGUGCCUGCGGGCUGGCGACGCCCACUGGUGAAUGGCAGCCCCUGCCACCUCACCACCAAAAUCCAGCCAACAGCCCGUGGUUCCGCCGCCAGCACCCCCCCCCCCACAGCCAACCAUCUCUUGCCCCAGAGACUCAUGGGAAACCAAACCAGCUUACCCCCCCCCCUCUUCAGCUGCCACGCUCAACCUACCCGGUGCUCGCCCUGAGGGGCCGCACAGGUUCCUGCCCCCCCACCCCAGAGCCCCGACCCGGCUACACUCUGCCGGUCCCGUCCCACUUCGGAGAACAAGAGGCACCAUCGCAGUACCAAUAUCAACCCAGCAGGAGACGCCGGGCCGGCCUCUUCUGCUUCACAUCCCAACGUGGGCGGAGCUGCGGACCAGAGGCUACACAGACCACGCCCCUCCUACACGGAGCAGGUGACCCGGACAGCAAGUGGUCUGUUCACUACACUACCCAGAAGCCCCAGCGGGGUCUGUUCUUCAUCCCUGCUAAUGACCUGCAAGGUCAGUUGUCACCCGGGAGCAGCCGCUCAGCAUGUAGCACGCUGACUCAACACGGCUGCAGCCGACCACAUAGCCCUCCGACCCCCCCCCCUUUCCUUUCCUCUUCUGGCCUCGACCAAUCGGAGGGCAGCACGGCACGCAGAGGUUGGAAGGACAAAAGCAGGAGGAUGACGUCAACAAUCUUCGACUUUCUCGCUCAGUCGUGUUUCUCAGUUUGUUUCAAAGUUUCAGUUUGGAGGAGAAAGUCCUCAGCUUUCUCAGAAGAAGACGAACAGUUCGUCUUGACCAACACUCAACCUUUGACCCCACUGUUUCUGAACCACGUCCCCCGCGCCGCAUGUUGGGAGGUCUUUGGCUCGGUGGGCGAGCCGUCAGCCAAUCGAGAGGCGGAGCAAUUAGUCGACCAGGAGGCGGAGGAAAAGAUCCCACACCUUCCAACACCAGAGGAGAGGAUGAGGAAGCAGGCACAGAUGGUUGCCGCGGAUAUUGUCCUGAUCAAUAUAUCAGGAGAGAGUUUUGAUCGUCAGGCCAGUUUUAGAAAAGUUGCCUCUAAAACCGACUCAUUUUCCCGGCGACCCUGCAACCUGAACCGCCACGAGACGGUUACUGGCAUACUUGAUGAUGUCAUCCGUGACCUGGACUCGCUUUCGGAAUCGAUGGUUCUUCGGGAUCAGUUCUCCACUGUUGGUCAACCUGUCGCCUCCUCCUCCUUGCAGCAGAGUUUAAAGACUGCAGAGGAAGGGCCUUCAUUGGUAAGGAGGAUCCGAGCCCCCAGAAGUGGAGGGCUGUCCAGCCUCAUGGCCUCACUCACAUCCGGCCAACCUGUCGACUCCUCCUCAGAACUUCACGGCCCGGUGGUUGCCUCCGCUCUGACCUCCGAGGCCUCCUACAGGACACACAGCACCUCCUCGACCUGUAUUCAGGAUCUUCAUGGUUUCUCCAGCGACCUCCAGCCCAUGCUGCCCUUGGAUCCCAAAGCCAGAGUCAUCUCCCAGUCCCCUUGUUCCUCCUCUUGCUCCUUCCCUUGCUCCCCCACCCCCUCCUGCCUCACCAGCACUCCCAGCCGAGCCCCCCAAUCGGAAGGGUCUUACCCCAGCAAUAUCCCCCCGAAUGAGGCUCAUCCCAGUUCCUCCUCCUACUACCUCUCCUCUUCUUCAAUCUCACAGUCUCAGUUUAGCCUCCAGGCUCUGGACCAGACCCCUCCCUGGCAGGACCCCAGAAACUCCCAGGAGGGUCAGAACCACCGGACCUCCUCCUCUCUGAACGCAACGUUGUCUUCCUCCUUCCCUUGCUCUCGUUCAGCCGGCCGCAGCAUCUCGCUACGCAAGUCAACCAGACCGCCGCCGCCACCGCUACGUUCAGACUCUCUGAGGCGCCGGCCGGGUCGCGUCAAACCUCCCCGCUCAUCUUCCUCCUGUCUCCGGUCUGAGGGGAGCCCCCCCAAUGACCAAACCAUCCGGUGCGGGCUCUCACCCAAGACCUUCCACGACCCCUGGGUGCCUCGGGGAACACAAAGCGCCGCCAGAGCAGCUUUCAACUGUGGGACUGUGACAACCUUUGAACCGCUUACUCGGAAUGCCAGACGGACACAGCUGAGUGUUCUUCACUAAGCUCUGCCCAGUCGCAGACCGUGCCCAA